AUGGAAAAAUUAUUGGAUGGUAAUAAUCAUUUUUGUUCCCUUUCAACAUUGCCAAAUAUUCCAAAAAAUAUUGAAGAAAUGAUUAUUCUUCGUUGUUGGCUAGAAAAAAUAUUUAAUUAUGUGUUUGAAUAUGUCUAUUUUAAUGAAAUUAUAUUUAAUCCAGAAAUGAUUAAUUUAUUAUUUGAUAACGACAAAACAAAUUCUCUCCAAUUUAAUAUUCAAGAAUGCUGUUUAUUAACAGAAAAUAAUAAAUUAGAAGAUAUUUCCAAAUUUGUUUUGAAUCACUUGAUAAUUUCCGAAUCUCUUACUUUCAAUUAUAAACAGGCUGAUAUCACAGAGGAAAAUAUAAAUAUUUUAUUUAAAAUUUUAACAAAUGGAGGCCAAAGAUUACCUAAAAUUUGUCUCAAUAGUUUCAAUAGUGUUGAUUUGGCAAGGCUUUAUGACCUAAUAAUACAAGUUAUUAAGCUAAUUUAUUAUUUGAUAACGAAUAAGGGACUGGGCCAUUAG